ACACAUUCAUAUCAGCACGGCCAGUUGAGUGGGAGAAGUAAAGCUUAUAAAACAAAACAAAAAAAAACAGUUCAAGUAAAAGGCAGAAUGCGUGCUAAACUAAACGGUCGCCCGCAGAGCAAGCGAGAGACAAAGAGCGAGAGUGGAGUGAAAAGAGCGGAAAAAUCGCUUUGGCAGAGUGAAAAACUCAAUCUAGGCACUACGAGUACGAAUACUGGAAUCGGCAUGGGCAUAGGAAUUGGAUUUGGAAUUGGAAUAGCACUCGCACCCCUAAUCGCUACUUGGCAGGUUGACAUUGCGCUGUCCCGUGAAUUCGUUUGGAUGCGGAGCAGACCAUAACUGUAAACAGUAGUCAUAACCCGAUCGGAGUGAUACGAGUGCCAGACUUUUGACACGAUGCAGUUUGUGGCCAGUGAACACCCGCACCGACGUCUAAAUCCCUUGACUGGACAAUGGGUCCUGGUGUGCCCACAUCGAACCCAACGCCCCUGGUCGGGUCAACAGGAGAAGCCACAGAAGAACGAGCUGCCCGACUUCGACCCCAGCAAUCCCCUUUGCCCUGGAGUCACCCGCCCCAAUGGAGUUGAAACACCUGCCUACAAAAGCACAUAUGUGUUCGAGAAUGACUUUCCGGCCCUGGUGGAAGUGGUGCCCGUUCCCCCCAACAGCGAUGAUCCUCUGUUCCAAAUUGCACCUGCCCGUGGCAAUUGCCGAGUGAUGUGCUUCCAUCCCAAGUCGAAUCUCACGUUGCCCACGAUGAGUGCAGAAGAAAUUGGCGUUGUUAUCGACGAGUGGAUCAGCCAGUUCAACGAGCUGAGUGCGAAGUACGCCUGGGUUCAGAUAUUUGAGAACAAGGGAGCCACCAUGGGCUGCUCCAAUCCCCAUCCGCACUGCCAGAUCUGGUCAUGCUCGUUUUUGCCGACGGAACCGCAGCUGAAGCAGGAGCGUCUGCGUUCCUACUACACCACCAACGAGCGACCCAUGCUGUCCGACUAUGUGGAACGGGAGCUGCAGCGCCAGGAGCGGAUCGUGAUCGAAAACCCCGACUGGCUGGUGGUGGUGCCCUUUUGGGCCACUUGGCCAUUCGAAACCAUGCUCAUCUCACGGAACAACAACAAGCGGAUAAACGAUCUAACGCUGGAACAGCGCCAAAACCUGGCGGUAACCAUCAAGGAGCUGACCACAAAGUAUGACAACUUGUUUCAAUGUUCGUUUCCCUACUCGAUGGGCUGGCACGGAGCACCAACUGGGCCGGAGCAUGCACACGCCUCCAGUGCCCAUUGGACUCUGCACGCCAUCUACUAUCCGCCGCUGCUCCGAUCAGCAACCGUACGCAAGUUCAUGGUGGGAUUCGAACUACUGGCCAUGGCCCAGAGGGAUCUGACUCCUGAGCAGGCAGCCCAGCGGUUGCGGGAGGUUGAUGGAAAGUGUCAUUACCUGGAGAAAUAAUUUCGCUUAAGUUAACUUUCAAAAUCACCGCCAGCUGAAACAGGUGGUGGGAAUUGGUAUAAUAUGUAAUAAAAAACAGUCAAAAUCCAAUGAUUUUAAAGUACUAUUGUUGUAAAUACUAAAUAGCUAUAAACAAUCACUUGUAAAUAUAUGAUUAAAUAAUG